CUGUAGUGGGUUUUCCCAUUGCGAAAUUGGCCACUCUUGUCAUUAAACAAGUGUCCAAACCACUUGCAAGCUUCGCGAAGAGCCGUGCGAAGAAUAACCACUUCUUCAGGACUUACGUCUUGAUGCCACCGGCGCAGUGUGGGAUCUAAGUUACUGCAUCAGAGGAACAAACACUCAUGGCUCCCAUUUUUCCUCUUGCCAAACUUGCAUUUCUCUUUGUGAAACAAGUUGCUCGGCCUUUAUCUAGUGGAAUAAGACGUGGGGCUAUUAGGAAUACAUUCUUUAAAGAGAAGAUUUGCCUUCCACCAGCGCGACUUUAUCACUGGUGUGAAGUUCGAAUGAAAAUGUAUGUGAUGAACAUUACACGGUCCAAGGAGAGUGCACCAAUUCCGAGACUCAAUGAAGAAGCUGCAAUUGAGCUGGGAGCUAACUUAUUAGGUGAGGGUGUCAUAUUUGGAAUUGCUGUUGCUAUCCUUGCUUUUGAAGUGAGUAGACAAAAGGAAAAAGAUAGAAAGAAAGAAGAGAAAGAAGCAGAGUUUAUAAAUGGCCUUGAAAAUCGUAUAAAUGAGCUUACAUUCGCCAAUGAAGAACUUGAUACAAAAAUGAGAGAAUUAACAAGAGCUGUUUAUGCAACGCAGCAUCAGAUACAGGUAAGAACCUCUUAUAUAUAAGAAAUUCCCAAUCUUCUUACAGCUGCAAAAUAUGCACCUGUAUCGACAAGUUUGAAAUACUAUGGUAGG